GAACCCCAUCUCGAAUUUAUUUUAAAUAUCCAUGAUUAGGAUGAGUUGACCGCGGCCCAGUCUGAGCUGAAACUCAAGGAAGAAGAGGUCACCAGACUAUCUAGGAUUCGUGAUGAUGUUGAGGAUGAACUAACUGAACUCACUGCCAGCCUUUUCCAGGAAGCUCACAGGAUGGUCCGAGAAGCAAAUGUCAAGGCUUUUAAAUCAGAGAAGGCAUUGGUUGAAUCUAAUAUGAAGGUUGACGGGCUACAGACUGAGGUUGCUGCUCUCAAAGCUCUUGUGAUCACUUCCACUCCAUCAAAACCAAACCGACAUCUCCAUCCUCAGCUGGACAGGAAAAGGUCGGCGGAUAGAAGAUCCGGCAGCUCCGCCCCGGGAUCUCCGGCCAAGGAACGGUUGGUGGAAGGGGCGGAGGAAGUAGAUGUUAAGGAGAAGUAUAUUGACCCUGUGCUACGGGCUGAAUACAUGCAGUGGAAGAAACUACCCAACCUGGAGCCUGGCAACCCCUUCCUUAGCAGGGUCUUCGCGGAGGACAUUGAUCCAUGCCUGGAGUUCACCAACAAGGAGCUGGGGGCCAGGGUAAAGGAGGCCGUUAUACAGAAUACACUCUGCCUAGAUCCUGUCAAGGAUGACGAGGAUUUGCCGCGUAACUGUUCUUUGUUUGAACAACCUCGAAGAUGCUCUCACAGGCUCACAUUCGGGGAUGCAGACAAACAGUCACAUUAUAUUUCACAUCUGGCCAGGAAUAGGAUUGCGGCUGUCUGUGAUUUCUUAACAUACUGUCGCUAUGUGACCCAGGGGUUAGUCAAGGCCCAUUGUAACGAGGUGUACUGGGAGAUUAUGCUGCGCAGGCGCAAUAUGGCGAUUGCGCGUCUUGGCUUUCUCAAUUAGAUCAAUCAAUCAAUCAAUCUUCCCAACGAAAAUAAAAAGAAGAUGCAUUCUGAAAGGAAAAUCUAAUCUAUGGAGAUCAAUCUCACAUGCAAAAUUUACUGAACGGUUU